AUGCAGUGGGAAUGUUUGGAAGAGGAGAAGAGUAAAUGGGGGCACAAUUGGUUCUUGGGAGGAGAUUGGAAUGACAUCCUCCACAGUGAUGACAAAAGAGGUGGGAGAUUAAGAGCUGAUAGUUCUAUGCAACCAUUCAGAGAGUUUGUUGGGAACAUGGGGAUGCAGAGUUUGGCUGUCAGGGGUACUACUUUACUUGGGGUAAUAACAAACUUGGGGAAGGAUUUAAGUUCAUCAGAUCAUAGCUUACUGCUGUUAAGCUUACAUCUUGACAACACCACUCAAAGAAAAAGAUUCUGCUUCAAUAAGAUUUCGCUAAGGAAGCAAGGACUCAAUGAGGUCAUUGAGAAGGCCUGGAAUUCUGAAACAAUCGGCACUCCUAUCUCUGAGAAGCAUAGGAGGUCUCAAAGACUGGCAAUUAUGGGACUCUCUAACAAAGCAGCUAUGAAGUGCACAAAGAAGAAGAGAAAUAUUGGCAGCAAAAAUCAAGAAUCUCUUGGCUCAAAGGAGACAAGAAUACACAGUUUUGUCAUGCAAGUACGUUUCUCAGAAAUAGCUGAACUUAGCUCAAGUCGGAACCAGUUAAAUAAGUUGACUACCGACUUCCAGUUGACUGAAAGUAGAAUCGACAACUUAUCAGAAGCCGACAACAACUUAUCCGAAGCCGACAACCGACUUCACCAACAUUAUGGAUAUGAUCUUCAAAAUAUUAUCCAUUUAUCCGACAUCCGAGGAGAUCGAAUUUUCAAGCAAGAGGAGCUACAAUACUUUCACGCACGUAUUAUCACUAUGUCGAAUUCUGGGCGACAAGAACGGAACCCAGACGCUGGAACCAGUCGUCACCCUGCUCAUACAAUUGACAAUACAACUGCGCCAUCCAUGACGAUAGAUUACUCUGUUUUAUUCCAAGAUCCAGAGUUUAUCAUAAAUCUAUCUAAUUUUAUGGCACAAACAAGAGCAGGACCAACUAUGACGAUUCCUAGUCAAGCUCAUGCUUCAAAUCCUCAAAUCAGGCAAUUGACGCCACAUGUUCACCAACAAAAUAGUGUUCCUGCUGCAUCUCAUGCAACUUCUCAACCACGAACACCUGAGUCGCAACGAAAUAUUGCCACUCACAAUCGUGGUAUAAUUCCUGUCGACGAUCAUCCUCCGGAGGGAGUUCAACCUGAAAUUACUGCUGAAAGUCAUUCUGGGCGUCGUCAACAGCAACCGGUGCCUCCGUCGCCGAUAACUUCACAGCAUGUUCGACAGUCUGACUUACAUCAUACAAUUGAACGAAAUCGGUUCCGACGUGAGAGCGAUGAAUUACGCCAUACUAUCACAUGGAACCGCUUAAGGCGUGAGUCAGAAGCGUUGGAAAUGUUAAGGAAGAUAAUUGCUGAGUUAGAAACUCGGCAAGACAUUCCUGAGAAAUUCCAACAAAGGGUUCCUAUCUCGGAGAAUGUCUAUCUAGAAGCCGAGACUCCCUUAGCUCCUCAUUUGACAAUGGAACCACUUUCCUCCAAAGUUAAGGUUCCUCAGAUUGAUCUUUACGAUGGUACCUCAGAUCCAGAUGCACAUCUCUGA